GUUAUUUAGCCUAGUCUCUAUGCAGGUUAAAAUAAGCAUCUUCUGAGUUUCCACCAAGUAUUGAAUCAAAAAGCAGCACUGGGACAUACAUACGUACAUGCAUGCACCACAAGAAAUUUCGUGGAGAGUUCCAAAAUUCCAAGACGGAAUUAGCUAGUCUUUUUCUUUGCUUUUGUUACACACUGGAUUGGAGCUCUUUUUCCUUCUUUGCUGAUCCCUUCUUCCUCCUGAAGCUUUUCUUAGUCUCAGGAUACCUUGGAAAAAUGGGGGAUAAAUUUGUUUUAUUGGUAAUGUGCCUAUUGACUUCUACAUUCUCCAUGAGUGUGGCUAUUACUUCCUCCUCAAAUGGUGUGGUGAGACUUGGUCUGAAGAAACAAAGCUUAGGCUUUAACAGUAUAUAUGCUGCUACUAGAAUUAAAGGGAGGUACAGUACAUAUGCUAAGGGAGCAGUAACUACUACUCAAGACUCAGAUGAUUCAGAAAUGAAUAUAAUCUCCUUGAAGAAUUAUAUGGAUAUUCAGUAUUUUGGAGAAAUUGGAAUUGGUUCACCACCACAGAAUUUCACUGUCAUCUUUGAUACUGGCAGCUCCAACCUGUGGAUUCCAUCUUCACAUUGUCAUUUCUCUGUUGCUUGCUUUUUCCACUCCAGAUACAACUCUAGCAACUCCAGUACAUAUACAGAGAUUGGGAAACCUUGCAAAAUUAAUUAUGGUUCUGGAAUGAUUUUGGGGUUUUUCAGUGAAGAUAAUAUAAAAGUUGGAGACCUUGUUGUCAAAAAUCAAGUAUUUACAGAAGCCACAAGAGAAGGAAGUGUUGUUCUCUCUUUGGCAAGUUUCGAUGGGAUACUUGGACUUGGUUUCCAGGACAUUUCUGUGGGGAAUGUAGCACCACUUUGGCACAGUAUGAAGCAACAAAGCCUUGUUGCUCAAAAGGUCUUCUCUUUCUGGUUCAACAAAGAUCCAAUGGCCAGUGAAGGCGGUGAGCUUGUCUUCGGUGGUGUUGAUCCAAAGCACUUCAAGGGACAGCAUACUUAUGUUCCAGUCACUCAGAAAGGUUAUUGGCAGAUUGACUUGGAAGAUUUUUUAGUUGCAGACCAAUCCACAGGAUGUUGCAUCAACUGCACUGCAAUAGUGGAUUCAGGCACAGCUUUCAUUGCUGGUCCCUUUGAUGCUGUGAAAAAAAUCAACGAUGCUAUCGAAGCAAAAGGAUUUGUGAGCAUGGAAUGCAAAAAAGCAGUUUCUCAGUAUGGAGAUCUUAUAUGGCAGCUCCUGUUAUCUGGGCUACAGCCUGACAAACUAUGUUCCAGUAUUGGUAUAUGCUCCUUCAAUGGGACUCAGCAUCUAAGUGAUAGUAUCAAAAUGGUGGUAGAACAAAAGGGAGAGACACACAAUGAUAUUGAAGUUGGGCAGGACCUUGUAUGUGCCGCUUGCGAGUUGACUGUAGCGUGGAUGAGGACUGAAAUGAUGCAAAAGAAAACACGAGGAAGAGUCAUUGAAUAUGUUAACAAGUUGUGUGAUACCCUACCAAAUCCAACAACACAACUAGCUGUAGAUUGUACCAAAAUACCAAACAUGCCUACUGUUUCAUUUGUCAUUGGGAAUAAAUCCUUCCACCUCAACCCGGACCAGUACAUCCUCAAAGUGGAACAAGAUAUGGCUACCUUCUGUAUCAGUGGUUUUAUUCCAUUGGAUGUUCCUGUUUCUCCUCCCCAGGGUCCUCUCUGGAUUCUUGGGGAGAUCUUCAUGGAAGCAUAUCAUACGGUGUUCGAUUUUGGUAAUCUACGAGUCGGAUUUGCAGAAGCUGCUUAGGGUCUGUUCAAGGAAAUAAAGCCAAUGCUAUUUGCUAAGAGUGAUGAUUGCUUUGCUUGGCGGCAUUGUAUGGCUGGAUGAUGUUUUGUUAUAUUUGUACUCAAAUUGUUAGGCUAUAGUAUUUUAUCCCACAUAUCCCAAUUGAAGGGAAAGGAUUUCAAAGACCUAUUUUGUCAACUUUAUUUCCAUAUAGGUACCAGGACUAGCUUUGCAUUCAGCUUCCAAUCA